AGUGGGCCGCCGCUCACCUUCCCGGCUGCACAGGUCGCUCCUUCUUCCCGAAGCGGCGAGCGUGGAGCUGGCGCUGGAAGCCCGAACCUGCGGUGAACUAGCCAUGGCGAGUGAGGACAAACAAGUUGUUCAGCCAACAGGUGAUGAUGGAGGAGGAGGAGCGGGAAAAGAAGGAAAUGCUGCUGAAGGGGGAAGUGUGCUGCAGCCUUUGAAUCCAGGAGUCCCCAUCCGAGGUAUCAAGAUGAAAUUUGCGGUGCUGACAGGACUGGUGGAAGUUGGUGAAGUGUCCAACAGAGACAUAGUCGACACUGUGUUUAAUCUGCUCGUCGGAGGCCAGUUUGACUUGGAAAUGAACUUUAUCAUCCAAGAAGUAGAGGGCAUCACCUGCAUGUUGGACUUGCUGGAUAAAUGUGACGUGACCUGCCAGGCCGAGGUGUGGAGCAUGUUUACAGCAAUCCUAAAGAAAAGUAUCCGCAAUCUACAGGCGUGCACGGAAGUGGGGCUGGUUGAACAGGUGCUCAAGAGGAUUGACAGAGCUGACAACAUGAUUGCAGAUCUCUUAGUAGAUAUGCUGGGUGUGCUGGCCAGCUAUAACUUGACAGUUCGAGAGCUCAAGUUAUUCUUCAGCAAGCUUCAAGGAGAAAAAGGGAGAUGGCCACCGCAUGCUGGGAAGUUACUGUCUGUGUUAAAACACAUGCCUCAGAAGUAUGGACCUGAUGCCUUCUUCAACUUUCCAGGAAAAAGUGCUGCAGCUAUUGCCUUACCUCCUAUAGCCAAGUGGCCAUACCAGAAUGGAUUUACUUUCCACACUUGGCUAAGAAUGGAUCCUGUAAAUAAUAUUAACGUGGAUAAGGAUAAGCCUUACUUAUAUUGUUUUCGAACAAACAAAGGACUUGGUUAUUCUGCUCACUUUGUUGGAGGCUGCCUGAUUGUAACAUCCAUAAAAUCAAAGGGAAAAGGUUUCCAGCAUUGUGUAAAAUUUGAUUUCAAGCCACAAAAGUGGUAUAUGGUUACUAUAGUGCACAUCUACAACCGCUGGAAGAACAGUGAACUUCGAUGUUAUGUCAAUGGGGAACUGGCAUCUUAUGGAGAAAUAACGUGGUUUGUCAACACCAGUGAUACAUUUGACAAAUGUUUCCUGGGUUCUUCAGAAACAGCAGAUGCCAAUCGAGUGUUUUGUGGGCAAAUGACAUCUGUUUACCUUUUUAGUGAAGCUCUUAAUGCUGCUCAGAUCUUUGCUAUUUAUCAGCUUGGUCUGGGGUAUAAGGGAACAUUCAAGUUCAAGGCAGAAAGUGAUCUCUUCCUCGAUGAACAUCACAAAUUGUUGCUAUAUGAUGGCAAACUAUCCAAUGCUAUUGCUUUUAUGUACAAUCCAAGGGCUACAGAUGCACAGCUGUGUCUAGAGUCAUCCCCUAAGGAUAACCCUUCUAUUUUUGUUCAUUCACCACAUGCCCUCAUGCUGCAGGAUGUGAAAGCAGUCUUAACGCACUCUAUCCAAAGUGCCCUGCACUCCAUUGGAGGAGUGCAGGUGCUUUUCCCUCUCUUUGCACAGUUAGACUACAGGCAAUAUUCAUCAGAUCACAUUGACACAACUGUUUGUUCUACUUUAUUGGCAUUCAUCAUGGAGUUGUUGAAGAACUCUAUUGCUAUGCAAGAACAGAUGCUUUCCUGUAAAGGCUUCCUUGUGAUAGGAUAUAGCCUAGAAAAGUCUUCCAAAGCCCAUGUUACCCGAGCUGUUCUAGAACUUUGCCUUGCCUUUUCAAAAUACCUGAGCAACUUACACAAUGGAGUGCCCUUGCUGAAGCAGCUGUGUGAUCAUGUUCUCCUCAAUCCUGCAAUAUGGAUUCAUAUCCCAGCACAGGCUCAGCUGACCCUGUACACUUACCUGUCUACUGAGUUCAUUGCCACUGUUAACAUAUAUGGAGCAAUCCGACGGGUUGGGACAGUUCUUUUGGUCAUGCACACCCUAAAGUAUUACUACUGGGUAGUGAACCCUCAGGAUCGCAGUGGUAUAACUCCCAAGGGCAUAGAUGGUCCACGACCUACUCAAAAAGAGAUUUUAUCCCUGCGAGCAUUUUUGUUGAUGUUUAUUAAACAGCUAGUGAUGAAGGACAGUUCUUUUAACCAAAACCAUGUUCUGGUGUACAUCCAUUUUGAAUUCAAAUUUGUAACUUUUAUUCAACAGGAUGACAAUCUAAUGGAUGUCUUGCAGUUGCUUGUUGCUCUGAUGUCAGAGCAUCCCAAUUCUAUGAUCCCUGCAUUUGAUCAGAGGAAUGGAUUACAGGUUGUCUACAAGCUUUUAGCAUCACAAAGUGAAGGCAUCAGGGUGCAAGCUUUAAAAGUGAUGGGAUAUUUCUUAAAGCAUCUUGCUCCAAAGAGAAAAGCUGAAGUCAUGCUUGGACAUGGAUUGUUCUCUUUGUUGGCUGAAAGGCUGAUGCUUCAGACAAGCUUAUUCACCAUGACCACAUACAAUGUCCUGUUUGAGAUUCUGACUGAACAGAUUUGCACUCAAGUGAUACAUAAACAACAUCCUGACCCAGAUUCAACAGUGAAGAUACAAAAUCCUCAGAUUUUGAAGGUUAUUGCAAUCCUGAUACGUAAUUCUCCACAGUGCCCAGAAACUCUGGAGGUUCGGCGAGCCUUUCUCUCAGAUAUGAUUAAACUUUUUAAUAACAACAGAGAAAACAGGAGGAGUUUGUUGCAGUGCUCUGUGUGGCAGGAGUGGAUGCUUUCCCUUUGCUGUUUUAAUCCAAAGACUUCUGAGGAGCAGAAGAUAACUGAGAUGGUGUAUACCAUCUUUCGAAUUUUGCUCUACCAUGCAAUCAAGUAUGAGUGGGGUGGCUGGCGUGUUUGGGUGGAUACACUGUCGAUCACACAUUCAAAGGUAACUUUUGAAAUGCACAAAGAGAGUCUUUCUCAAAUGUACAGGGAGUACCAAGAGAAAGGAGGUGAAGGAAGUUCUUCAACUCAAAUUAGAACAAUCUCUGGAGCUAGCAAAGAAGCUGAAACCAAGGAAAAGCAACAAUCUUUAGAGUUAAAAGAAGAUGCUACUGUUCCUUCCUGCACUAUUGAUGGUGAUACAGAGCACAGAACUGAAAAAAAAGAGACAGAUAACUCAUCAGGUGUUGACCAACAAACUCAUUCAGUGUCUAAUCAUAAGGAGGAGUUAGAGGGGGAAGAUAGGGAUACUACACAGGAUUUAAAAACAGUACCUUGUGUGGAAUUUUCUCCAGAGUCAGAAACAGUAAAGCCCAGUGUUUCAGAAAUUAGUUCUGGAAUAGCUGAAGCAAUUGAAGAUUCUAGCAAAGCUGAUGAGCUUGAGGAAGAAACAGUUGCUGUCACUGCUGCUUCUCUAGCAAUGCAAACUACUUUGGAAGGAGAAAUUCCUACAAGUCCAGAAGAACUGGAAAAAUCAACAGUAGAGGUGGAAGAUGAAGAUGACUUUGUUGAUUUGAAAGAUGAAAGUAGCAUGCCCUUACCUUCAGAUGAGUUUGCAGAAAGGAACAAGGAAUGUAACUCCAAUGAAAGCGAAGUGACAAAGCAGGAAAAAACAACAGAGAAGGAACCUGAAUCUGUGCUUUUAAAAUCCAAAGGUACUGAAAGUGUGGAUGUGAAAAAGGAAGAACUGACUUUACCAGAAACAGUGAGUUCUGCAGUUGCAGAUGUUGUGACUCAACCAGAUUCAGAAGGCAAAAAGAUGGUGAAGGAAGAAAAGGUUAGUGAAACCAAAACAACUGUGGAAAAUGCAAAUGUACGUGUGCCAGAGCCUGCUGGAGCUUCCGACAAGAGAAUUGCCAAGCUUGAUGUUUCUAGUGUUGCAUCAGAUACAGAAAGACUGGAACUGAAAGCUAACACAUGUCUAGAAGCACCUCUGCCCCCCAGAUCCUUACCUGAGACCUCAAGGCAGCAAGUUUCUUCAGGACAAGAGCUGACUGCUGCCUUGGAUGGGCAGAGAAGAGACACGAGGUCAACUGUGUUCCGUAUUCCUGAGUUUAAGUGGUCACUGAUGCAUCAGCGCUUGCUCACAGACUUGCUCUUCUCCAUAGAGACAGAUAUUCAGAUGUGGAGAAGCCAUUCUACCAAAACUGUGAUGGACUUUGUGAAUAGCAGUGACAAUGUCGUAUUUGUGCACAACACAAUUCACCUCAUCUCUCAAGUGAUGGACAACAUGAUCAUGGCCUGUGGUGGUAUAUUGCCAUUGCUUUCUGCUGCCACGUCUGCUACUCAUGAAUUGGAGAGUAUUGAGCCAACUCAAGGGCUUUCAGUAGAAGCAUCUUUAACAUUUCUCCAGAGAUUAAUCAACCUUGUGGAUGUGCUAAUUUUUGCAAGCUCUCUUGGUUUCACUGAAAUUGAGUCUGAGAAAAACAUGUCAUCUGGAGGAAUUCUGCGACAAUGCCUUCGUCUGGUAUGUGCAAUAGCAGUAAGAAAUUGCUUGGAGUGUCAGCAGCAUGCACAGAUGAAACCUGUUGGAGACAUUGGAAAGAACCAGAAACCAGUGCAAGGCAUUAUAGGAUCAGGAAAGACUGCAGCAAAGAGUCCAGUGGACAUUGUGACUGGUGGCAUUUCUCCAAUACGAGACCACGACAGGCUUCUGCAGGAUAUGGAUAUUAAUCGCCUUCGAGCAGUAGUGUUCAGAGAUAUAGAGGAUAGUAAACAGGCUCAAUUUUUGGCUUUGGCUGUUGUGUAUUUUAUUUCUGUGCUCAUGGUUUCAAAAUACAGAGAUAUACUGGAACCUCAGAAUGAAAGACGACCACCAAACCAAAGCCAGUCAUGCAAGGGAUCAGAGAAUGAAAAUAAUGAGACUCCUACUACAGUUGUGGAAAACCCGUCUGCUGCUCUUGGUGCUUCAGCCUCUACGGAAGAUUCAGAAAGUGCAGCAUCUAUACAAAGAAGGGAUUCUGGUCUCGGGGAGGAAGCAGCUUCAGGACAAACAAACAAUUCGAGUGGUGCUGCUGAAGCAGGAUCUCUGAAUGUCAGUGCAGGUCCAGAUGCAAUCAGUGAAGUACUGUGCACGCUCUCGUUAGAAGUAAAUAAGUCUCAGGAGGGCAGAAGUGAGACAGGAACUGAAGACAGUAAACCUGCAGGUUCUGUACCAGCUGCAAAAAAUGUCAAUGUAAAGGACAUCUUGAGAAGCCUGGUCAGCACACCCGCUGAUGGGACUGCAGUGGAUGCUGCUCUUCUUCCACCGACCUUCCUUGGAGUUCUUGGUGAUGGAGCUGCUGAGCAGCCUGUACAGUUCCAUUCCUUUGACAGGAGUGUUGUUGUACCACCGAAGAAAUCAACCAUUUCCUCUUCUACAGCUGCAGUUGGUAUUCCUACAAAUGCUGUCAGUGUGGUUUCUUCUUUAGAUUCAGCCCAAGCCCCAGAUCUGUCAGGAGAAUCUCCUGGAAAGGGAUCAUCUAAUUCAAAAUUGCCAUCUGUUCCUACAGUUUCUUCAGUGCCUGAGGAUUCCGCCUCAAAUAUGAGUAUUACAGACAGGCUUGAACAUGCUUUGGAAAAAGCUGCCCCACUUCUGAGAGAGAUUUUUGUGGAUUUUGCUCCUUUUCUUUCUCGGACUCUUUUGGGCAGCCACGGGCAGGAGUUGCUGAUAGAAGGUACAAGUCUUGUAUGCAUGAAAUCUAGCAGUUCAGUUGUGGAGCUGGUGAUGCUUCUUUGCUCUCAGGAGUGGCAAAACUCUAUACAGAAGAAUGCUGGCCUUGCCUUUAUUGAGCUUGUUAAUGAAGGAAGGCUGCUGAGUCAAACCAUGAAGGACCAUUUGGUACGAGUGGCUAACGAAGCAGAAUUUAUCUUGAGCCGACAGAGAGCAGAGGACAUCAACCGCCAUGCUGAAUUUGAGUCACUGUGUGCCCAGUAUUCUGCAGACAAGCGGGAAGAAGAAAAAAUGUGUCAUCAUUUGAUAACGGCAGCGAAGUACCGAGACCAGGUGACUGCAACACAACUAAUACAGAAAAUUAUCAACAUCCUGACAGACAAGCAUGGAGCCUGGGGAAGCUCUGCACCAAGUCGUCCUCGUGAGUUCUGGCGCCUUGACUACUGGGAAGAUGACUUGCGGCGCCGGCGACGAUUUGUGCGUAACCCCCUCGGAUCGACACAUCCUGAAGCGACGCUCAAAGCAGCCGGAGAGCAUGGUCCCAAUGAGGAUAUACUUGUUAAAGGAAAGCAGUCCAUCAAGAGUCAAGUUUUAGGAAACCAGAACUCAGAAAGUGAGAUUCUCUUGGAAGGCGAUGAUGAUAUCAUGUCAUUCAUGGAGGAAAGAGAAGUGGAGAACUUAACAGGUCCAGUUGCCCUCAGCACACCAGCUCAGCUUGUGGCACCCUCAGUAGUAGUGAAAGGCACUCUUUCCAUCACUCUUUCUGAGCUCUACUUUGAGGUGGAUGAAGAAGAUCCUAGUUUUAAGAAAAUCGACCCAAAGAUUCUGGCAUAUACAGAAGGACUCCAUGGAAAAUGGCUCUUUUCAGAGAUUCGAGCUAUCUUUUCCCGACGUUAUCUUUUGCAAAAUACAGCACUGGAGAUAUUCAUGGCAAAUAGAGUGGCUGUCAUGUUCAACUUCCCUGACCAAGCAACAGUAAAGAAAGUGGUUAACUGUCUACCUCGGGUCGGUAUUGGUACUAUCUUUGGACUGCCCCAGACCAGGCGCAUUUCUUUGGCUAGUCCACGACAGAUUUUCAAAGCUUCCAAUAUGACCCAACGAUGGCAACACAGAGAAAUUUCCAACUUUGAAUACCUGAUGUUUCUAAACACUAUAGCAGGUCGAACUUACAAUGAUUUAAAUCAGUACCCUGUCUUCCCUUGGGUUAUCACCAACUAUGAAUCAGAUGAGUUGGACCUUACUCUUCCUAGCAACUUCAGGGACUUGUCAAAGCCUAUUGGAGCUUUGAACCCGAAGAGAGCAGCGUUCUUUGCUGAGAGAUACGAAUCGUGGGAAGAUGAUCAGGUUCCAAAAUUCCACUAUGGCACACAUUACUCAACAGCAAGUUUUGCACUCACGUGGCUGUUAAGGAUCGAACCCUUCACAACACUUUUCCUAAAUCUACAAGGUGGGAAGUUUGAUCAUGCAGACAGAACUUUUUCAUCUAUUUCAAGGGCGUGGCGCAAUAGUCAGCGUGACACUUCUGACAUCAAGGAAUUGAUUCCUGAAUUUUAUUACCUGCCAGAGAUAUUUGUCAACAGCAACAAUUACAACCUGGGAGUGAUGGAUGAUGGAACAGUUGUGUCUGAUGUUGAACUUCCACCAUGGGCCAAAACCCCAGAAGAAUUUGUUCGCAUAAACAGACUGGCAUUAGAAAGUGAGUUUGUUUCCUGCCAGCUCCACCAGUGGAUUGAUCUGAUUUUUGGCUACAAACAACAAGGGCCAGAGGCUGUUAGGUCACUGAAUGUAUUCUACUAUUUGACUUAUGAAGGAGCUGUUAAUUUAAGUUCAAUAACGGAUUCCGUAUUGAGAGAGGCUGUUGAAGCUCAAAUACGAAGUUUUGGACAGACCCCUUCCCAACUGCUCAUAGAACCACAUCCUCCAAGAAGCUCUGCCAUGCAGGUGUAUCUCCUCCUGCAGAGCCCGUUGAUGUUCACAGAACAAGCUCAACAGGACGUUAUCAUGGUCCUAAAGUUCCCGUCCAACUCGCCUGUCACUCACGUGGCAGCCAACACCCAGCCUGGCCUGGCCACUCCUGCCGUGAUCACGGUUACUGCAAACAGGCUCUUUGCUGUAAACAAGUGGCAUAAUCUCCCUGCUCAUCAAGGUGCUGUACAAGACCAGGCUUACCAGCUGCCAGUGGAAAUCGAUCCUCUCAUAGCCAGCAAUACAGGUAUGCACAGAAGGCAAAUCACUGACCUUUUAGACCAAAGCAUUCAGGUACAUUCCCAGUGUUUUGUCAUCACCUCUGAUAAUCGUUACAUCUUGGUCUGCGGCUUCUGGGACAAGAGUUUCCGAGUUUAUUCUACUGACUCAGGUAAACUGAUACAAGUAGUGUUUGGACACUGGGAUGUUGUAACCUGUCUUGCUCGUUCUGAGUCCUAUAUUGGAGGAAAUUGUUACAUCCUCUCAGGGUCACGUGAUGCAACAUUGCUGCUCUGGUACUGGAAUGGCAAAACCAACAUCAUUGGUGAUAAUCCAAGAGGUGAUUUUGCAACUCCUCGAGCUAUUUUGACAGGGCAUGACUAUGAGAUCACCUGUGCUGCCAUUUGUGCUGAGCUUGGCCUGGUAAUAAGUGGUUCAAAAGAAGGACCAUGUCUCAUACAUUCUAUGAAUGGAGAUCUACUGAGGACAUUAGAAAGUCCUGAAAGAUUACAAGGUCCUGAAAACUGCCUGAGACCAAAACUUAUUCAAGCUUCAAGAGAAGGCCACUGUGUCAUAUAUUAUGAAAAUGGCCUCUUCUGUGUGUUCAGUGUGAACGGGAGACUGCAAGCCACCAUGGAAACAGAGGACAAGAUAAGGGCAAUUCAGCUGAGUCGAGAUGGACAGUAUCUGCUUACAGGUGGAGACAAUGGAGUUGUCAUGGUGUGGCAGAUGUGGGACCUCAAGCAGCUUUUUGCUUACCCAGGGUGUGAUGCUGGAAUCCGAUCCAUGGCCCUGUCAUAUGACCAAAGGUGCAUAAUGACUGGCAUGGCAUCCGGGAGCAUCGUGGUUUUCUACAAUGACUUCAAUCGCUGGCACCACGAGUAUCAAACCAGAUACUGAUCCUCACAGCGACCGACACGAGCACUGACACGGGCAGCUGUGUCAGCAGGGAACUGAACACAGCACACCUCUCUUGGUGUCGAGCCACAUGGUUCCUUUAUAAAUAGUUAUAUUACAUCUGAAUGUAACUUAAAUUUGCUGGAAGAAGCAACCUAUUUUUUAAAGUUAAUUGCUAUUUUUGUAGACCUCGCUUGACUUUUUUGGGGGAAGGGCAAAGAAGCAGAAAAACAGCUGCUGGGUUCUGUAGUUAAAAAUCUAUAUUUUUAGUCACAAGGAGAAGUCUAUUUUGAUCCCUGUAUGUAAACAAAACCUAAAGUAAAGACGGUUAAAACUCACGUUCUAGUUAUAUUAUGAAGAAACAGAUUUUCCAUCUGAAGCUUUAUCUAUAACCUUGAGGAAUAUAUGAUUUUAACAUAAUGGAAAUGAAUUAUGAUAUUUGGGGAAUUUUAAUCUGUUCUAUCUGUACCACACUUUGUCUUGUACUUUUCCAAAUGAUUGUACUACAUCAGCACUGAAGUUUCUGGGAAUCAAGGGGUAAUAUUUAAAUUAUGGUUAAUGUAAUUUUAAACUUUGCAAAUCAUUUCCAUCAAUGUUACUAUUCAAGCAUGUUUCUAGGCCUAGGCAAUUAGUUCUUUUUUUUAGUUGUAUGUUUUGUGCAUUUCAGAGAGAGAAAUCAGGAAUGGAGUUUGCGUGUGAAUCCUUUUAGUUGCUAUCUGGCAUCUCCUUCAAAGCACACCAAAAUGUGGAUUGUUCCUCAAAAUCAGAAAGGCUGUUUUGAAGACUUUAAAGUAGAAGCUGACAGAGGCAGGUAUUUUUUAGUAGGUGAGGUGCAAAUUCCAAAGCACACCUCUGCUGGUGGACUGUGAAAGCACUGAGGCAGCAGGUGCUUGCUGGAGCAUGGCCCCCCUACAGCAGCAGAAGUACUAGACUUGCAGGUGACUUACUUUCUGUUUUUCCCCUCAGAAUUUGCCCCUGCAAUACCGUAGCACAUGCCAUGUUCCUUUUCUGCAAAAAAGCAACGAUGUCUUUCAUGUUUUGCUAUCACCAAAUCCAGCCAGAUCCUGCCCAGUCAUAUUAAAUUACCUCUUUCUUUUAGGAAAUGAAAAAUAAUUUAUACUAAGGAACAAUAAGUUAUUUUGGUGUUGCACAAAUCUACUUUUCUACAAGAUUGCUGUGCAGAACUCUGUGAAAAUAUUUGUGAAAAGAACUGUUAUUGUUUUGUAAGUCUGUAUUGCAUAAAAAUCUUCUUUGUAUGUUGUGAUCUAUAUGAGUUGAAAUUUACAUUCCAUAUCUGUAUUGAUACAUACAUUUCUCUAGCUGCCUACUGGAGCAGUUCCUGGUUUUUCUAAGCAUUUAAUUACUAUCUCUUUCAGUAAAGAUUUGGAAUGAGAAAAUUCAGUUUGAGUGAAGAAAUUAAAUAAAAUUACAUUUGUAAUUGAGGGCUUCA